AUGUCAACUGGUGACAACAAAAAUAACAAGGAGCUUGAUACAAGCUUCUUGGACAGAACUCCAGACAAGGAACAGCUUCCUCAUAACGAUGAAGGCUCCAUGGAUAGAUUGACUAGCAGUGAUCAGCUCGAUGACCAGCCCGACCCCAGUCCUCUCGCCCGGAAGAGUACUGGAGUAGGUAGUCGCUUGACGAUCCUUCCAUUGAGGUUUAUUCUCCCGAGUGCUAGUCCCAUUGAACUCCAAGAACAUCCAGUCCAGGAUGCACUGGUCCAACAGGAGGUUACCGAUAGGUCCAGCGAAAUUGAAAAUGAUCUUUCCGCUCCCCCAACUCCAACUCCACUAAACCCGGAGGUCACACUAGGACUCAAUCAUAUUGUCGACACCAACACCACCGGUACCUUCUACGAAGACACGCUAGCCUUCGACCACCGCUUAUUCGGUGAGAUCAUUUCAACUGCCAGCACUCCUCGCAGUACCUCCUUGGUCGGCAUUGAUACGCAGUCGUUCGACAACCGCCUCUUCAAUUUCACCUCCACUUCCGAUGCCCAGAAGAUUGAAGCCUCCCUCGCAAUCCCGCAGAACACUGAAAACAUUGAGCUCUUCGAUUGGGCCCAGCGCUACGGAAUCUCCACUUCCGAUGACUGCUUCAUUGAUCUUCUUAGUGUCGUUCGUGUCAAGCCUAUCCCGAUUGAGAUUGAGAGAGGUAUCAAACGCGCUACUCCAAAGGAGUUUGCAAUGCCGGCGGCGAAGACGAUUUGUAAAGAGGUUCGGAAAUUUCUUGCUGUGGCGCCGAAAAGGAAGGCUGGGACAGCGGAUAUGAAGCAUAGACCGAGAAUCGUACAGAUUUCAGUUUGGCCCAGGAGGACUGCGGCGAAGGCCUCUUGGAUUUCGGUUCGUGGGGAGAGGUAA